AUGUUUCACUCUCUCUUUCCUUUAUAUCAUGUUUCACUCUCUCUUUCCUUUAUAUCAUGUUUCCCUCUCUCUUUCAUGUUUCCCUCUCUCUUUCAUGUUUCCCUCUCUCUUUCAUAUUUUCAUGUUUCACUCUCUCUCUCUCUCAUACUUUCAUGUUUCACUCUCUUUCUUUCAUACUUUCAUGUUUCAUUCUCUCUUUCUCUCUCUCUCUUUCAUACUUUCAUGUUUCAUUCUCUCUUUCUCUCUCUCUCUUUCAUACUUUCAUGUCUCACUUGUCCUUUUUGUCUUUUUUCUUUUGGUCUAUUCAUCCCAACUUCUCUCACUCUGUCAAUCUCUCUCUUUUUCUGGUCUGUCCAUCCUUCUUUCUCUCUCUCUCUCUCUCUUUUGGUCUGUCAGUUUUUGCUUUUUCUCUCUCUCUUUCACUCUUUCCUUUUCUCAUUCUCCCUCACUCUAUCUGUCACUCUUUAUCAGUCAGCCCCCACCGCUCUAUUUCUUGAUCAUUUCCACUUCCUUUUUUUUUUUUAUCCAUAUCUCUCCAUUUCAUCCUGUGUGUCUGCAUCUUUUAAACUCUCUCUCUCUCUCUCUCAUUUGGUCUGUCUGUCUCUUUCUUUCACAAUUUUUAGUCUGUCUCUCUCACUUUUUGGUUUGUGUCUGUAUCUCUCUCUUGGUCUGUCUCUCUCUCUAUCGCCCUCAUUUUCACUUUGUCUAUCUCACUAUUCUCCUCACUCUCUUUCAUUGUCUUAG